AGUUGAGGGGUCUGAACAACUUGGAGCAUUUAAUUUUGGAUUAUUCAUCCAUCAAUGGGAGUUUUCUUCAUAACGCUGGAGUGAUGACUUCUCUAAGGGUUUUGUCAUUGUCUAAAUGUGGACUUCGUGGCAGUCUACCUGCUCAAGGAUUUUGCGAUCUUAAGAACCUUGAAGAGCUAUACCUUGAUGACAAUGAUUUUGAGGGGAUAUUUCCUUCAUGUAUGGGAAACUUGACAUCGCUUCGAGCAUUGGAUCUCUCUUCCAAUAACUUGCAUGGAAGUGUUGCCCACUCUCCCCUUACUAUUCUCACUUCACUUGAAUACCUUUCCCUUUCAGAUAAUCACUUCAUGAUUCCAUUCUCAUUUGCCUCAUUUUCUAACCAUUCAAAGCUUGAGGUCAUUUUAAGUGAUAAUAACGUAGCAACGAUUGAAAAUGAAUCUCAAUCAUGGAUCCCGAGAUUUCAACUGAAGUUUUUUAGUUUGUCAAAUUGUGCCAUUAAAACACUACCUUCUUUCCUGUAUUACCAAAAUGAGAUGAUAGCUGUUGAUCUCUCCCACAACAACUUAUUGGGGAAGUUCCCCACCUGGUUGUUAGAGAAUAAUACGAGAUUGGAAUUACUUAACCUAGAGAAUAACUCUUUAAUGGGGUCUUUUCAAAUGCCUUCUUAUCCUAAUCCUCACAUUUCACAAUUAGAUGUUUCAGAAAAUCACAUAAAUGGUCAAAUUCCUAUAAAUUUAGAUAUGAUCUUUCCAAGCUUGGAGUUUGUCGACAUGUCCAAUAAUAUGAUUGAUGGUCGUAUUCCUCCUAGUUUUGGCAAUCUCAGUUCUUUACUGGCCAUAGACUUAUCUCAUAAUCGUUUAUCUGGAAGAAUACCAGAACAUCUGCAAAUGGGUCUUUCCUCCUUGGAGUUUCUCAAACUAUCAAAUAAUUACUUGCAUGGUCAAAUAUUUGGCAAUCUUCUCAACAUGGGUCAAUUGUGGGUGUUACAUUUGGACAACAAUCACUUUCUUGGAAACAUACCAGACUGCUUAUCAAAUGCCUCUACGUUGAGCACGGUCGAUAUUUCUAAUAACCAUUUGUCUGGCUUCCUUCCUCAGUGGAUCGGGAAUGUAUCGUCUUUAAGGCAAAUAAGUUUGGCCAAAAAUCACUUUGAAGGCCCCAUUCCAUUGGGAUUUUGCAAACUUAAUUUUCUUCCGUUUUUGGAUUUAUCUGAGAAUAACUUGUCAGGCUCUGUGCCAGCUUGCUUCAACCCUUCAUCCAUAAUGCAUCUCCAUCUGAAUAAGAAUAGAUUGAGUGGUCCAUUGAAUCUUUCAUUCUAUGAUAACUCCAAUUUGGUGACAUUAGACCUUGGAGACAACAGGUUUACUGGUGAAAUCCCGAAUUGGAUAGGCAAACUUUCUGGAUUGAGGGUUCUUAUCUUGAAACGUAACAAUUUUGGAGGCAGCAUUCCCAGUCAAUUAUGCCACUUGAAACAAUUAAGCAUGAUUGAUCUUUCUCAGAAUAGACUUUCUGGUCCUAUUCCUCAUUGCCUGUCUAACAUCACUUGUGAGCCGAGCUUUGAAAAAUCUUAUUUAUUUUUGGGACAAAUUGAGCUUCUUUAUCCAAGGGAAUUACCAUUUUCAAUCAUGGGAAUUAAUAGAUAUUUUGAUUUUCAAUUUAAUUCCUAUUUUGUUGAAAUGUCGAAUGCCAAAGAAACUGUGGAGUUCACAACAAAGAAUAGUACCUAUCCAUAUCAGGGCGCUGUCCUUGAUUUGAUUUCAGGGAUUGAUUUCUCUUGCAACGAAUUAACUGGUACUAUACCACCAGAAAUUGGGAACUUAAGUGAGCUCUUCUUGUUAAAUCUGUCGCAUAACAAUCUCCUUGGAUCCAUUCCGGCAUCGUUGUCCAACCUAAGUCAUAUUGAGAGUUUAGAUCUUUCCUAUAACAACUUGACCGGGAGUAUCCCCUCCGAAUUGAUUAAGUUGAACUUCUUGGAGGUCUUCAGUGUCGCCUACAACAAUUUAUCAGGUAAAACUCCAGAUUUGAAAGCUCAGUUUGCUACCUUCAGCGAGAGUAGUUACGAGGGAAAUCCUUAUCUUUGUGGACCUCCAUCACAUAACAAUUGUACUGAUGUCCGAGCACCAUCGUCAAUUCCAAAAGAUUCAGAGGAUGAGCAAAAUGAUGGUGGUUUCACUGACAUGGAUGUAUUUCAUGUGAGCUUUUUAGUGUCUUAUAUCAUGUUGUUAUUAGGAACUUUAGCAGUUCUUUAUGUGAACCCUCCUUGGCAAAGGGCAUGGCUCCAUUUGGUUGAAGCAUGUAUGACCUCUUGCUACUAUUUUGUUAUUGACAGUUUUCAUAAGUUGUUCAACCGCAACAUUGUGUGACCCAUUAGCUAGAUUUUUAUGUGUACUCUUUCAAUAAAAGCACUGUACUAUUUUAAAGUUUUCAGUAGAUAAUGGUUUCAGUUUAUGUACUUCUAUCAUUAGGUUAUGUUAUGCAUUUUACUUAUG